AUUGUGUCAGUGUUGGGAAACACAGCUGUGAUGGCUGUAAUAUUGUUGGACAGAAAUCUAAGAACUCCAAAAUAUGUUGCAGUUUUUAAUCUUGCAUGGACAGACCUGCUUGGUAGCACUGUUCAGGUACCAAAGGUUCUUGACAUCUUUCUGUUUAAUCACCACAUCAUCUCCUAUAAUGACUGUAUGACAUUUCUUUUUUUCUCCUACACGUGUCUUUCUAUGCAGUCUCUUAAUCUGGUUGUUCUCUCCUAUGACAGACUGGUAGCGAUCACCUUCCCACUGCACUAUCACAUGAAGGUCACACACAGGUUUAUAUUUUCUUUGAUUGGCUUUUUCUGGGUUUUCACAGUAAUUGUAACCCUCAUUGCAGUGGGCCUUCUCACAAGACUUUCCUUUUGUAAGUGUGAUUACAGUUAUUUCUGUGAUUACAGCCAAAUGUUUUGGCUGGCCUGUAACGACAACACCUCCAGCUAUCACACUUCUGGAUCCAAACACCUGACAGAAUCUCUGGAAGACUGA